AUGAACACAUCGGCUUUCUUUGAGAAGAGAGUAGGAUGGACAAAGUAUACGAUGCUCUUGGUACUUUUAGUGAUCAGCUUCAUCCUCGACCUGAUAAUUUCCAUACCAACACUUACAACCACACCCAAACUCGGCGGUAUCAGAGGCACUUCGUCCGUCCAGGUGCCAUCGUCAGAUAGGAUAGGGAUGGAACGGGUGGAGAUUGGGAUAGGGAUAGGUGCAUCUGAGGGAUGUAUGUGGUAUGGGAAAGACGAUCGUCAAUGUCGAUAUACAUUGAGUUUUCAACCUUCCUCAGAAUUCUUGCACCUCCCACCUAAACAGAACGUCACCAAGCAUUUCCCUGAUGGUCAAAUAAUGGCUACCUGUCACAUCAAUACUGCACUUCAAGCCAUGGUCACUACUUCAUUCAUAUUUGGACCAUUCUUUGCUGGACUACUCCCUUUCACGAUGAUUCUCUUACCCAUCACAGUAUUCAUGUCGAUCUUCUCUGCUAUAUCCCUCCUGAUAGCGUCCGGCCAAGUGGCAUACCAUCUGAAAUACUCUAUACCGAGCUUUGAAUUACAAUGGGGUAUAAAUUCCAUUUUGCCUUUCGUAGUUGUCUUCUUACAACUAGUCCUGUCCAUCUACAUUGGAACUUUGAGGUGUAUGAUGCGAAAGAAAAAUCCGCCACCACCUGAUAUGACUGACGAAGUCCGGCUUGAGGAGAGACCAAGGGAUAAUACUUUAGGUUGA